AUGAAAGCAAUACCGCAAACACCUAUUCAACUCUAUAAAUAUUUAUUACGUCAAAUUCCAAAGUUACCUGUUGCAAGUCAGCCUUAUUAUCGCAAUUAUGUGAAAGGUAAUUUUCGUGCGCAUGUCGAUGAAGUAGAUCCUCAACGUAUCAAUGAAGUAGUUCAAAAGCUUUAUCAAGAUUUUCAAUGGAUUGUUAAGAAAUACGAAGGCAAAAUGGGAAAAUAG